GUCUCUCCCAUGGCAAGAAUUUAUCCCCAGACCUCAUCCUCCUCUUCUUCACCAUCUUCUUCAUCUUACAUCACCUCAAAGCGUGAGACGUUUACAGUGUGGAUGAAGUCUCUUGUCUUCCAUGGCAAUGGAUGCACUGUGUUUGACUCCAAUGGUGAGAUUGUCUACAGGAUUGAUAACUACAACAGAAAAUGCAGCAGAGAAGUUCAUCUCAUGGAUCUCCAUGGCAGAGUACUCUUCUCUAUCAGACGAAAGAAAUUUUCAGUUUUUGGACAAUGGAAUGGCUAUAGAUGCAACAACAGUGAAGUGGAUUGUGAAGAAGUACUAUGCUUUCGAGUUAGGAGAAGUUGGAACAUUUUGGGAGGAGGCUCGAAUAGCUACUAUGUCAAUCCAGCUUCAGAUCAACCACAAGAGAACUGUUAUGAAAUUAUUGCAUUACCUGGAAAAUCUUCAUUCAAGAUUGUCAAUAGAACAAGAGUAAUCGCAGAGGUGAAACAAAAGCAGGAAAAAUCUGGAGUUGCUUUUGGGAAUGAUGUGCUAACUUUGAUGGUAGAGCCUCACUCUGAUCAUUCUCUAGUUAUGGCUCUUGUGACAGUCUAUGGAUUGAUUAACAAAAAACUAUGAAAGAGAUUCUGUACUCAUUUAUACAUUUAUUUCGACAAAUACAGUGUAUAUGUGAAGGAAACUUACAUGAAUCAAAGGAUAGUAGCGUGCACUGUUUCGAUCUUCAAAGAAAUUCUAACCAAUUAUUUUCUUGUCUUCAAGAGUAUAUGGUAUCGUUUGGAUUUGC